UAAGUGGGCUUGUGAAUGGCUAGAUUGGGAAGCACCGGCGGGAUGUGGGGAAGAGUGGUGACGCAAAAUAGAGACUCCGCCCCCUGCCUUGGAGCGCUGAGACUCAGGCUGCGGGAGCUCGGGCCAAUGAGAGGGACGGCCCCAGAAUGGCAUGGAGCCCCAGGACACAUGACCUGAGAACUCACUGUAUGCAGCUGUGAAGGACUGCUUAAGGGGGAGACAGACCUGUAAGGACUACAGAAUCAUGGAAGGAUGAGACUUCCUUCCAGAGGAGCAGCAGUUGGAGUCAGAGCUAAGUUCAAGUUGUAGAUCUGCUACUUUUUAUAACUUGCUUAAGUUAUUUAACUCCUUGUCUUGCCCCAAUUCCUUGUCUAUGACAUGGGCACAAUACUUUAUAUUUUGUUUUGUUUUGUUUUUUCGAGAUGUCUCACUCUGUCACCCAGGCUGGCGUGCAGUGGUGCAGUCUUGGCUCACUGCAAUCUCUGCCUCCCAGGUUCAAGCAAUUCUCCUUCCUCAGCCUCCCAAGUAGCUGGGAUUACAGGUUUCUGCCACCAUGCCUGACUAAUUUUUGUGUUUUUAGUAGAGAUGGGUUUUCACCAUGUUGGCCGGGCUGGUCUUGAACUCCUGACAUUAAUUAAGUGAUCUGUCUGCCUCAGCCUCCUAAAGUGCUGGGAUUACAGAUGUGAGCCACCACUUCCAGCCAAUACUUAGUAUUUUGUAAAGUGGUUGCGAAGAUCAAAAAGGUAAUGGAAUUUGCAAAGGACUAGGCACAGGAUUGGCCCAUAGUAACACUUAGUAAAUGUUGAUUCCCUUCUUUUCCUGUGACUUGGUAAGAAAGGGUGAGGUUUGUAAAUCCAUUUAAUUGGAUUUUUAGAAUUCCUGUAGGAAUAUCUUUGGCUUUUAACAAGAGCAUUUAGUCUAAUGCAUUUAAUGAAUUUACUGGUAUAUUCAGAUUUUUUUUUUUUUUUUGAGAUGGAGUCUCACUCUGUUGCCCUGGCUAGAGUGCAGUGGCGUGAUCUCUACUCACUGCAGCUUCUGCCUCCUGUGUUCAAGCAAUUCUCAUGCCUUGGCCUUCCUAGUAGCUGGGACUACAGACGUGCCACCACACCUGGCUAACUUUUGUAUUUUUAGUAGAGACAAGGUUUUAUCAUGUUGGCCAGGCUGGUCUCAAACUCCAGACCUCAGGUGAUCCACCCACCUCAGCCUCUCGAAGUUCUGGGAUUACAGCCGUGAGCCACUUCACCCAGCCCAUUUUUCCUACUAUACCACUUUGAAAGUUAAAUUCUCUUUUUCUAUUAGUAUUAUUUUAGUGAUCUCCCUAGCAAUUAUCAUGUGCAUCUUUUUUUCUUUUUUUUGAGACCAGAGUCUUGCUCUGUUGCCCAGGCUGGAGUGUAGUGGUGCCAUCUCGGCUCACUGUAACCUCCACCACCUCCUGGGUUCAAGCGAUUCGCCUGCCUCAGCCUCCCUAGCAGCUCAGACUACAGGCGCCCACCACCACGCCCAGCUAAUUUUUGUAUUUUUUAGUAUAGACGAGGUUUCACCAUGUUGGCCAGGCUGAUCUCGAACUCCUGACCUUGUGAUCUGCCCACUUUGGCCUCCCAAAGUGCUGGGAUUACAGGAUAAGCCACCGUGCCCAGCCAGACACAUGCAUUCUUAACUUACCAAAGUGUCAUGCUAAUAAAUACCUUUACAGGAAGGAUAGUUUCCUGAGAUGGAGACAGGAAGAGAGAACAUUCCAGGCUAGAUGAACGGAGAAACAAGCAGAUGAACAGGGGAAGAUUUAAUUGCUAUUUGAGUUAGAGUGGUGCUAGAGCAAGAUGAGUGAGCUGGGGGUGGGUGGUUUAAAACCAUCCAGGAAGGAUGUCUUGGUCAUGAAAAAGAUCUUUGAAAAGAAAAAGAAUAACUCCUCCUCAACCCAGGAAAAGCAGUGAUUUUCCUGAAGCUUCCCAGGAGGCAGUGGCAGAGUUUGGUCUGAAGCUGGAUGUCUUUAGCAGUCUGUGUCCCUGCCUCUAUACCUACCCUAGCCAUGCUCACUCUGUCCCCUUUCUAGGAAUUCGUCAAUCUCGCUUACCUGUCUAAAUACUGCCCAUUCUUCAAAACCUAGUUCCAUUAAAUCAAUCCAACAUAUAUUUUCUUUUUAUUUUUGUAUUUCAUAUUUUUAUUUUAUUAUUAUUAUUUUUGAGAUGGAGUCUUGCUCUGUCACCCAGCUGGCGUGUAGUGGUGCAAUCUCGGCUCACUGUAACUCUACUGCCUAGGUUCAAGCAAUUACCUUCUCUCAGCCUCCCGAAUAGCUGGGACUACAGAAUUAAAGAAUUAGUCUAAAUAAUUAGAGCACCUCAAGGUUUGGGCAUUGGGGAUGGUCUAGAGGCAGGGAGGGGGAUCCAGCCUUAGGGAAUGGUACUUAAGGCCAAGAGAACAGACAAGGUGUUAAGAUAGGGAACAAUGGCCAGGAGCAGACACCCCUGGUUUGGGGCUAGAUGAAGAGGAUGACAUGAAGCCGCAAAGCAGAAAACCUGAAUCUAGUUGCCCAAAUUAGAGGAAAGUGGUUCUUUUUGCAAAGUUUUACUGAUCCAUUUGCCCUGGACCUUAAAGAGCAGGAUAGGGGAGAAUUCAAAAUCAAGAAAAAUCAUUUUUAGAAUAAGACACACACUGAGUACACACUCUCUCCAGACUUCAGAGCCCCUCAGAGUGCAACUGAGGUAUCUCUGGGUCCUCCAUCAUUGCUUCACCUGAGGCCUGUCACAGAGAGGGCCUAGGCUGGGUGAAUGAACAAAAGUGAAUGCAUGAAAAAGAGCUCUGGCAAAUUAAUCAACAAAUACUAGGCCAGGCACAGUGGCUCAAGCCUGUAAUCCCAGCACUUUGGGAGGCCGAGGCGGGUGGAUCCCGAGGUCAAAAGAUUGAGACCAUCCUGGUCAACAUGGUGAAACCCCGUCUCUACUAAAAAUACAAAAAAUUAGCUGGGCAUGGUGGCGCGUGCCUGUAAUCCCAGCUACUCAGGAGGCUGAGGCAGGAGAAUUGCCUGAACUCAGGAGGUGGAGGUUGCAGUGAGCUGAGAUUGCGCCAUUGCACUCCAGCCUGGGUAACAAGAGCGAAACUCCGUCUCAAAAAAAAACCAACAAAUACUAAGUGGCAUUAACAGCAUAUAGUGGAUUAUGGGAAUUAUUUCAGGAAUGAGACUUGAGUCCUGGUUCUGACGUUUAUUAUCUGUGUAAGUAGGUAACUUGGUUUCCCUGUUUUCCAUUGGUAAAAUGAGGAUAUUAGUAGUAUCUACUGGUGGGUGCAGUGGCUCAUGCCUGUAAUUCUAGCACUUUGGGAGGCUGGGGUGGGUGGAUCACUGAAUUCAAGACCAGCCUGACCAAUAUGGUUAAACCCUGUUUGUACUACAAAUACAAAAAUUAUCUGGGCAUGGUGGCAUGCACCUGUAGUCCCAGCUACUCAGGAGACUGAGACAGGAGAAUUGCUUGAACCUGGGAGGCCGAGGUUGCAGUGAGCCGAGAUCACAGCAUUGCACUCCAGCGUGGGUGACAGAGCAAGACUAUGUCUCAAUCCAUCAAUGAAAUAAACUAACAUAAAAGUACCUCACAGGGUUUUAUGAGGAUGAAAUAAUGAGAUAACAUGAAAAGUAACAGUGCCUGGGACAUACUGGGUGCUGAGAAUAUGUUAUUGCUGUGAGGAUUAAAGUGGGAAAGUGCUAUGGUAGCUAUGGCUAGCUUAGAGGCUCUCCACCUGUUGCAGGUGCUCCGACAACCCCACAGUGUGCCUGCAGAAGGGAUUCUUGGUCCCUUCGCCUUCCUUCCCUGUUGGGGUAGGAUUGUCUUUGCAAAGGGAACCAGGGGUCCCCCUCUAGUUGUUUUAUGAGUCAGUCAGGGUCAGGGUACAGAGGGAACUCUGGCAGCUGGUUUUUGGAGAUCGAUCCUCUCAUAGUGGGGAGACCCAAGGCUGGUGGCUGGAGAUCCUCUUUCUGCCUUAUGUGGAACAGACAGGGCGCCCUCUCUUGAUCAAAGGUGGGAACAGCACUAGGUCAGAGUUUCUGGGAUGGGCCCCAUCGGGUCUCACUGCCUGCAAAGGUGAUGGAACGCAGCUGAGAGGUAAGGCGACAAGGUGGUCUAUCCAACGUGCUAAACCCAGGUGUCCGGAGCCCUUCCUGCUGCCCUCAGGCAGCCGAAAUUAUUGGGGGCAGACUCGAGCUGUAGAGCAUGGCUGGAGGACACGCCAGAUUUAGGGGGAGAGCCAGGGGUCCGGGUUCUCCAGAAGCGGGGAGGAGCCAACGGAGGAUCUGGGCGCAGUUUCCUCUCUAAGUUCCGCCCCGAGAGCGCCGGUCCCGCCCCCGACCCCGCCCCCGACCCCGCCGUUCGCGCUCCGACCAGCCCGCGGAGGCAGCCCUCGACCCCGGCCCACCCGGGACCCCGGGUUCCGCUGGCAAUCUCGCCACCAGCGCCUCGGUCUGACAAGAUGUACCAGGUCCCACUGCCACUGGACCGGGAUGGGACCCUGGUACGGCUCCGCUUCACCCUGGUGGCCCUGGUCACGGUCUGCUGUCCACUUGUCGCCUUCCUCUUCUGCAUCCUCUGGUCCCUGCUCUUCCACUUCAAGGAGACAACGGCCACACACUGUGGGGAUGUUCUCUGCGGCCUCCCAGCCCUUGGACCCUGAUGGGACUGUGUUCCGGCUUCGCUUCACAACCAUGGUCUGGUGGGUCAUCACUUUUCCUGUGUUCGGCUUCUUCUUCUGCAUCAUCUGGUCCCUGAUGUUCCACUUUGAGUACACGGUGGCCACUGACUGUGGGGUGCCCAAUUACCUGCCCUCGGUGAGCUCGGCCAUCGGCGGGGAGGUGCCCCAGCGCUACGUGUGGCGUUUCUGCAUCGGCCUGCACUCGGCGCCUCGCUUCUUGGUGGCCUUCGCCUACUGGAACCACUACCUCAGCUGUGCCUCCCCGUGUUCCUGCUACCGCCCGCUCUGCCGCAUCAACUUCGGCCUCAAUGUCGUAGAGAACCUCGCGUUGCUAGUGCUCACUUACGUCUCCUCCUCUGAGGACUUCACCAUCCACGAAAAUGCUUUCAUUGUGUUCAUCGCCUCAUCCCUCGGGCACAUGCUCCUCACCUGCAUUCUCUGGCGGCUGACCAAGAAGCACACAGUAAGUCAGGAGGAUCGCAAGUCCUACAGCUGGAAACAGCGGCUCUUCAUCAUCAACUUCGUCUCUUUCUUCUCGGCGCUGGCUGUCUACCUUCGGCACAACAUGUAUUGUGAGGCUGGAGUGUACACCAUCUUUGCCAUCCUGGAGUACACUGUUGUCCUAACCAACAUGGCGUUCCACAUGACGGCCUGGUGGGACUUCGGGAAUAAGGAGCUGCUCAUAACCUCUCAGCCUGAGGAAAAGCGAUUCUGAACCCUUCAGUCCUGCUUGGGAGGCAGCCCACUGCCCAGAAACAAGAAACAAGAUACCAUUCUGGCCUUCCCUACCCUACAUCCUCUCUUGGCCUUACUGAAGAUGGGGGAAGGGUAAGAAGGGCAUAGGCCAAGGCUCACCCCAGUGCUGCUGGCAUCUCUCCACCCCUCAUAUGGGCAUAGGGGUCCUCAAACAACAUCACCUUUACUUGAGAGGCCCCAAGAAGCUGAGCUGAGCUGGCAGAGAGCUCCAACAUUUGGUGCUAAAAAAAUGUCCUGUGGUUCAUGACCACCAUCCAGUUUCUGGCCUUUACUAGCUACCUUUCACUAAGGUCAGGAGCCGCUGAGCAGUGGCUGCUCCGUGACAACCACAGCAAUUUUUCUCCCUGGGGUCAUUCACAUGACUAAUGUAUUUCAUGAUCUUCUGUGCACAUCCAGGCCUGUGGCCACAGUCCCCUGCUAAAACUGCUCAGGUGUUCCAGUCCUUCACCUUUUUGAUUUGGUAUGUGCCCUAGGGUAUGUACCCUUCCCUAUCUAAGCAUCAGCAUGUCCAUGUGUCUGAUGGGAGAUGGGUGGGCUGUAUGAUUUCCAAUACCAGUCUGUGGUUCUGAUGUCAUCGGGUGGAGGUGGUGGUGUGUACUUAAAGGAUGACCUGCUACAGAAAAAGCACCAGCACAGCAUGUAUUUUCUUCUCUCUUCUGAAAGUUCUGGCUUACAGACCCCUUCCCUCCUUUGAAACGUAUGGCAUAGAGGAGUCAGAUGCAGAUCCCUACCCUAAAAUGGGCUCCCUGGUAUCUCCUGUUUUCCCUACUGCUCCAGACCCUAAGUUUUGGUUGUGCAUUUUAAAGGAAAAUAAAUUUUUUAUUUAAUUUUA